AUGAGUCACGGUAAACUGAUUCCCAGGCUCUCUAUUCAGUCUCCUGUGCAUCGUGCCAGCCUAAAGGUCCAGGCCACAGAACCGCCUUUUCAGAAAGAAGACUUACCUCUGAUUUCCAAAGAUUCCCUGGAAGCCGACUCAGAGAGCCUCAGUCCCCGGAAUGCCUCUCAGGCUGAGCGUGGGGACGACAUGGAGCGGGACAGCUUGGAGGAGAGUUCUCCCGCGGACAGCCUGAGUGAGACGGAGGAGGAAGCCAGCAGGAAGGCGGCCCAGGCGGCCAGCAAGGACAGCCGUGCCCAGGACAAGGGCGCGGGCAGCAGCCAACAGUCCAAAGAAGACAAAUACUCCGAUCUCCGCUAUGACCCAAACUGGAGGAGUAAGAGAGAGGAAGGGCACGUGCUGACUAUGGAAGCAUCGCCGGAGUCCGCGGGCGGGUCUGCAGAUGAGCUGGCUCGGGGUCCGCUCUUCCCCUCGGAGACUUCCACGGGACCCUCGGCGGGGCACGGCCCACAGGACAGGAGCCCACAGAGCGAAGCCUCCCUACUUGGUAGUGAGUUUUUAAGCCCAAACUCUGAUCAUGGUGCCCACCACAGCACCCGGAUCUCGGGGCUGAGCGACAGGGACCUGGCGGAGACGUCCAGCAACCUCUCUCAGUACGUGCAGAGUUCAAGUUCACACAAUGAGGUCUUCUGGCCAAGAUCACGGGGCCCUCGGCGAAGGAAGUCCAAACAAUAUUUUGUGGAAAAAAACAAGCUGACUUUGGGAUUCCACACUCCUAAAGUGGACUCUUAUCUUCAACUUCACAAUAAAAAAGGAGAAAGUCACACAGAACAGAUCUCCCCAGUCGGAGUAACUGACAAGGUGUCUAUCCAGAGUGCCGAGGAGAUGGGAAAUGUUGCCAUCGAUCCUGAAAACAACUGGCACCAAAGUGCCCAACAGCUAAAGAAUUGCCAGGAACACUGGUCUCAAUAUGAAAGUGCAGCAUCGAGUCAGGAACCCAGAGGGCCAUCUCCUGAAGCCACCAGUGGCCAGCAGCCUUCCAGAAGAGCAGCCGGACACAAGGCUGGAAAACAGCAGAAGCACAAGCCUGGCCUGAAGUCUUCGGUGCCGGAAGAGCUGGUGUUCAGUCAGGGAAACCCGAAAAACCCUCCCAGACGGCAACCAACUCAGAACAAGCCUGUUGAUGCUCCCAUAAGGCAUGAGACAGCUGCGGUCACGCGUGCCCCCAGCAACGACUUACAACACUCGGGGGCACCUAGGGGCCAGGGGCCCCACGGAACCGCCAAUAGAUUUGCUCCACCACAGCAGACUUUUGACAAGGCCUUAUUAUACAAAAAUGCUCCUGGAUAUCACUCAGUGAUGAAUUUUAAUAAAAAAAGAGGACGCAAAGACCAAGAAGAGGACAGAUUCUCAUACCAGCAGCUACACAUGAACACUCUUUCCAAUAUGGACUUGAACUACCUUAAUGGACUCACUAAGAGACAAGUGCCCCUGAGCUACAAAGGCUCUCAGUCUGCUUCUAACUUAAAUGUUAACAGAGCAACUGAAAAUAAGAAGCAACCCAAACAAACUCACACAGAGACCAAAUAUAAGAACUUGGAAAUAUUAUGGAACUUCCAUCCUUCCCCCGACAGCCCCCCUGCCGAGUCCCCAGGCUCGCGGCUGGGGCGGCUCAUGGAGCAGCACCAACAAGCCUUGGCGCAGCUGGCGGAGGUGCAGCCCGGCGCAGGGGCCUCGACCAGGGUCACAUUCCCACCCAUUCUGCCAAGAACAGAAAGCGAAUCCCAACUCAACUCCGAGAAAAGCCGAAGAAACGAGCUGAAAAUAAGCCGUGCCAACUCGGAAGGCUAUCUGUUUCAACUGGAGAAAGGGAAAAAGCACAGGAAACGCAGCAUUAAGAAGAAUUCCAAGCUGAAAGGUUAUCAGAAAAGAGACGUGAAGCUUGGAGGCCUUGGACCUGACCUUGAGUCCAUCAGAGAUAAAAUGCAGAAACUGAGACAGCAAAAGGAAUACGCAAAGCAGGUGAAGGAGUACAACAUGAAGACGCUCUCCCUCCUCUCAAACCCGCAAACAGCGAAAGCCGAGAAUAGCCCCGCCAUCUCUCGGCAGAAGGCUUUGGAAUAUGCUAAGACCAUCCCCAAACCCAAACCUUCAAACCUGGCCGAUCAAGCAUCCAAGGAAACGAAAAACCCAGCCUCGGCUGCAGAAGGCACGUUACCUGACAUCUCACUGCUGGGCGUCCUGCAGAGCAGACACGAGAGGGAAAAGCAGGCCGUGGCUGCCUUCAAAGUCCUGCACAUCGUGUAG